AAUUUCACUGCCGCCCUCAGAGUGCCAGUCAGUCGACUCUUCCCUGUCUGUGAGCGAAGUGCGCCUGGGAACUUUACAUUUAUUCGUCCAAUUAUGUCCAUCAGUCGGAAGAACUGGUCGGCUUUGUCCAGCCUAGCGCGCCAGUGGACGAUGGAGGAUGAGGAGGAAGUGGAAAGGGAGAAGAGGAGGAGGGUGAAGAGCUCAAGCGGCACCGCUGACCCUGAUGCUGACCUCAGCCAGUCACCCAGAGACACGCCCACCAGUGACAGCACCUUCGGGACAGACUCCACAAGUGAGACGUCCCAGGGGCUCAGCAGUGCUGAGCAGUUGCAGCUGGACUUUGUGGAGAUGCUGCGUGUCCGUGAUGAAAAGCGUCGGAUGAGGCACGUGGAGACGCUGAGACGACAGAAGGAGGUAGGGGAGGAGGAAGCAGAGGCCAGCGGAGGAGGAGGAGGGGUCCGGCUGGAGCUUCUGGGGGACUUGGAUGAGGACCAGAGUAGCGGGUCACCUUCUGUGAAAGCCACAUCCAAACCACAACCACCCCUAAAAACAGCCUCUUACAGUCCCACCACCAGCAGCAGCACCAGCAAUAUGAGCACUAACGUCACAAACAGACAACACGAAAAUGGAGAGUCGCUGCGCAAAGACCCUGAUCCCAAGCCAUCGUCCAACCCGACUCGCAAGUUUGUCAGUUCUGUCUCCAUCUCACUUGACAAAAGUCCCUCUGUCAGCGAGUGCACGAGUCCCAUGAGCCCUCGCUCUCCGACGGCCCCCUUGUCUCCUCGAGAACACUGGUCGUCGCCUUGCCAGAGUCCCUCUCCAAGGGGAGCUCAAAGCCCCGUUCAGAAUGGACACACACAGGAGGCCAGUGUGAAUGGCUCUUCGCCCAACGGCAACUUUGAGCAGACGGCCAAACCUGCGUUCGCCAGACAGAGCUCCAGGACUAUAUCUUUCAGGAUGAUGAGGAAGAAAGAAGAGGAGACUGCGCCGCUGCAGAGGAGUGCCAGUGUGAGGAUGUCCUCCAAGAAGUUUGAAUCGAACACAGACCAAAAUGAAGAUGAAGACAAAGCAUCAUCUUUCCAAAGAAACUCUAGGCAGAGGAUUUCAUCCAGGUCCAUCCAAGAGAAGAUGGAGAGACUGGCUCAGGCUUCACAGAAGUCAGAAAUGAUGCGAUCUCCAGACGUGACCCAGAGGACCCUGUUCCUGCUGGAGGAGGUGUCCAGGAAGAGAGGCCUCUUUGAGAAGGAGAAGCAGGAGGCAGCGUGCCCCACGAGCCCAGGAGUUUCUAGACAGGAGUUUAGGAGCUUCACAUCAGGAAUGUCAGACCGGAUCAGCCGCUGGCUGAACAAGACCAACCAAACUGGGUCUUCACAAAGUCCUGCUGACUUGAGACAUGUGGACAUCACCAGUAAGAGGAGCCUGUUUGAGAGCAGUGGGAAGUGAAGGAGAACCAUUUAUAAUGCCCAGCAGAAGACGGCAAAAGGACACGAAGAGAACUGGAAGAUUAAUGGAUGCCAUGACUGACUGAUUCUUUCUUCAAGCUUUUUAUGUUUUGUUUUUUUCUUCACCGCCAAAGCGAAAGGAGGAACAGAUGUGCGAAAGUUGAGUUUUAGCUUUAGAGGACUGAAAAGAAGGAUACUGCUUUUAAGGUUAGGAGGCUUUAAUCAUCAUACACAUUUGCAUUGCUGCUUGAAGUAUAAACUGAAAUGUUUAAACUCUGUAUGAGGAAGAGAGUAGAAAGCAAAGUAGACAUGAGAGGAAAAGAAAAGAGAAGGCAGUGAUAUAUUUGCUUUAAAACUAUUUGGCUAUUUGCCUUGACUUUGUGUAAUUGUGUAAAGCACUUUAAACAGGUGAAGGUCUAAUGAUAGCUAUUUUUAUUGAAUUACAGUAGUGGGAAUUCUGGAGUUGUAAUUGUAUUUCUUGUCUAAUUGGCUAAAUAUAUUUUUGUUCUGUGUCACUGUGGACAAGGUGAUGCCUGUAAGGAAGGAAUAAAAUGUUUUAUUAGCACAAA